AAAACCCCAAAACCACACCAAAUUUGUUGCCCAUCUCCGAAUAAUUGUUUACUUAUUAACGAUUCCAUUUUGCGAGAAAACUAUAUAUAUUGCCCCAUAUAAUAUGGCAGCGUCAGGAGACGAAGUGAAGCUCUUAGGAGCGUGGCCAAGUCCCUACGUGAUUAGAGUAAAAAUUGCUUUGGAACUCAAGGGGGUGAGCUACGAGUACCUGGAGCAACAACUUUGGGAAAAUCAGAGUGAGCUCCUGCUCAAAUCAAACCCCGUUUACAAGAAGGUGCCAGUUUUGAUCCACAACGACCGGCCCAUUUGCGAGUCCGCGAUCAUCGUCCAAUACAUCGACGAAGUGUGGGCCGGAACUGGGCCGUCGAUCCUUCCCUCGGAUCCAUAUGAACGCGCCACCGCGCGCUUUUGGGCCGGCUAUAUUGACGACACGUGGUUUCCUACUUUACCAAAGUAUAUCAAGGUAAAGACAGAAAAAGAGAAAGCAGAAGCUAUUGAGCAAUCGUUCGUAGGACUUAGUUUACUAGAAGAAGCUUAUGAGAAAAGCUUCAAAGGGAAGCCCUUCUUCGGCGGAAACAACGUGGGCUAUCUCGACAUCACUUUCGGAAGCUUUCUGGGCUGGGUGAAGAUGAUAGAGAAGAUAUCGAGUAUCAAACUCAUCGACGAUGCAAAGUUUCCUCUCUUAGCGAAAUGGGCAGAGCGCUUCGGCUCCGUCAUAGGCGUGAAGGAGCAUAUUCCGGAAGCUGACAAGUUGGUAGAGUUUUAUUCUAAAGUGCUCAAAGAUAUAUGGAACGUUACUGCUCCAAACAACUAAUUUAGUAUUCAAAUACUAUAGCAAGAAAGUUUGUCGCAAAUAAAAGGAAGUGUGCUUAAUAGAAUGAAAAAACGAGUUUAAUGAUCAGCUUCAGAGUAGUGAAGGAUCACAAUACGUAGUGCCCAUGUGUGGCAUGUAUUAAUGGCUUUGUAGUUUCUUAUACGGUAUAAAGACUCUAGAACGUUUAGAAAGAAAAAUAUUAAAAUGUGGAAAUGAUGCCAAUUAUUUUUCA